GAUUAACAUAUGUUGAUAAAAUAAACUAUAAUGUAAAAGGCGUAUUAUCCACUUUGUUUAAGAAAUCAUGAACGUUUAUGCACGCAGGAUCUAAGGACACUAGAUACCCUCUGAUUUCAGGAAAAGAGUAAGAAUUUAAAAAUAGAAAAUGGGAUUCCCGAACUCAAUUUCUAACGUUAAAUUAGAAGCAAGAAACGUAAGAAAAAGAAUAUACAUACAAGGCAAAGGAAAAAAUGAGUGAUUCUGAGUUAUGGAUGGAAAACAACCUCCUGAAAAAAAUGAUUCUUCUAGAAAACAAAAUGGAUGAACUAGAAAAAAAAGAACGUAGCAGAAAAACAAUGGCUGAGCUAGAAGACAGUCUGAAACAAUUUGUGGUUGAUCAAAUAAUGAAAGUAAAAGAACAGCUGCCAACCAUCGUUUCUGAGCAGAACAAGCAAAGCCAAGACAUUAAAGAAAUCAAAUGUGCGGUAAAUCAUUUACAAACAGCAUUUUCAGACAACAGUAAGCUUAAAUAUUUACUUCCAUUUGAAAGAGGCCACUUAAAGUUUAAAGAUAAACCUUCAACGGAAACAGAGGAGGUAUGUAACAAUCGAACGGAAGUCCUGCAGACUCAUUUAGCCAAAGAAAAUGUGAAAUUUCUAAAUUUCAAGAGUGAGUUAGAAAAAGUAAAGUCUCAGAAUGAAAAGAUUAUGUCCUGCCUUAAACUGUGUGAAUCCCCUGAGGAUGAUCUAAGUCAAAAUCCAAAGGGAAAACAUGUUAUUGCUGAGCAUUCAAUAAAAAUUAAAAAUCUAGAAAAGGCCCUAGAACAUUGUAAUAAAAAUCUCAAAAGUGAAAUUGAAAAAUUAUUCCAGAGAAGUGACAAAAGACUUAACAAAACAAAAAAAGAACUAAAGAAGACAAUUGUAGAAGAGAAGAAAGUUUUGUCAGAGCAGAUUAAAAUACUAGAAGAUGAUGUUAAUAACACAUUUGAAAAAUUUGAAGUUGAAAUACAACAAUUACAGCCCCAAAUGGAUGUAACAAACCAGGUAGAGAAACUAAGCUUUGGACUUGACUCCCUUUGUUAUCAAUUAUCAGACCUAGAGGUAAAGAUGACUGAAUUGCAGAUGGACUUUGUCAGAUUGAAAAACUUUCAGGAUUCAUUGGGUAUAAGUCUGUCUGGCACUCAAACCUUCUCUAACAAAGAGGUGAUUACUGUUAUGAUGGAUAUAGGCUCAAAAUAUGAGGUAAUGAAAGCCUUGCUAAUUCAACGUGUGGACAAACUUGAACAUUUAAGGCAACAGUUAGCUAAAUGCAAUAACUCUGUACAAAAACGUGAGGAGCUAGAGAAAAAGCUUGUGCAUUUAACAGCCUGUGUUGAAAAUCUCCAACUUUUUAUAUUAGCUCAAGAUAAACCAAGGGAAGAUUUGUGCCUUCAAGACUUUGACAAAUAUUGGCCAAAAUCUCCAUCAAUGUUUGACUUUUCCCAGCUGAACCUAGAGCACAUCAUACCUAGAAGUGAAUAAUCUCUGGACCACAAUGAUCAUUUCAGAAGACGUAGAACCUGAACUUCUAUAAGUUGCACCAUAUAAAAAUGGUAUUUGAAGCCAUAAGAACAAGUGAUCUGCUUAAUUCAUUCUUGUAAUUCUUGAAUUCAGUAAUGAGAUUAAUAUUGAAUGGAUGGACUCAAGAUUUUGCUCAAUUUUUAAGUUUUGAAAUUCCAGUUUGUUACAUUAUUAUUUCAUUGCCAGUUUCUCUAUGAUUAAGUACAGCACAUUAGUAUAGAAAAUACAAUAAUUAUUUACAUAUCAUAUUAGUAUAGAAAAUACAAGAAUUAUUUACAUAUCCAGUAUUAUCAUUAUACUCUAAAUAUUAGCAAAAUAUCUUUGAGUAAUUAAAUACUGAAAUUAAUUUUUUUGUGUAAUAUUCAUUUAGCAUUUUUUGUAUCAUCAUCAUCACUUAACCCUAAACUUAUGUUAGCUGGUGUUAUGUUUUCAUGAUGUGUUAUGUCUUCAUGGGGUGAUGUUGUCUUCAUGGGAUGAUGUGUCCUAAAGGCAUGAUGUGUCCCUAUGGGGUGAUGUUGUGUCUUAUGGGGGGCUGGGAUCAUGAGCAGAGUCAAAACUCUCCACAUUAGAGUACGGUAUUUAGAAAAUGGCCAGUCAAUUGCUUCACAUUCAUCAAUCAUCUUCUUUCUGUUUUUUUUUGUUUGUACUAAAUUACAACUUCAAUAGUAUAUCUUCUCAAUGCUACUUCUCGCUAGAUUUUUGCUGCUGUGCUGUAAUCUCUUUGUAUUUUUGUUACAUAAUUUGUUUCGUAAUUUUUAUGUGAUCAGAGAUUCAUUUUUCGUUAAUACUUGUUCAAUCAUUUUUAAUACUGGUAUUUUUUUUUGUUUGUUCAAAAUUAUAAUGGUGAAUGUAUAUAAUUUCAUUAGAAAAAUUUUUUGCAUCAUCCAAAUGUGAUUAUUUUGUGAGGUUUUGGAAGAAAAUGAGAAAGGGGCAACAAGGGUGAUAGACAAUUGUUAUCUCUGUUGCUCUCCCCUGCCUCUGCUUUCAUCACUACCAUAUGUCCAUGUUUAUGUUACAUAACUCUCCUCCAUUUCUUGGAAAUAAUGUAAAAAAGUUAUUUAACCCUUAAAGUGCUGAGCAGUUUUACAAUGAGUGCAUACAAAAUGGAAUCACAAUUAUGAUGUAUAGAGGCUAAACUACCUCCCGCGUUUUAAGGGUUAACUUUCAAUUUUUUGUCUCAUAAGCAUAUUCAAUCCUUUUGGAUUUUAUCGCCAUAGUUCAUAGAUCUGAAUAGCUGUCGCAUCUAGCAUUUAAUUUAGGCGUUUUCCUAAGACAAGAAUAAAGUGAAAUUAUUUUCUACCUGAAAACAAGACCUCUUUUCUAUUUCUUUAAUUUUAUUUUAAGUUUGUAGAUUGUUAUUUAAAACCUAAUUUCUAGAUUAACAUGUUUUUAAAAAAACCCAUGUUCUGUUGAUAAUCAUUUACUCAAAUGAUUGGUUAAUAAGCCAUGUUCUGUUGAAAUAUUCAAAUGAUCCUUAAGUUCAACAGCGCUUUCGUAUACAUCUUUUUGCAUUGAUGAUAUAGUACCGAAUUUGUGCUAUUAUUUAAAUCCUCUUUUAAAGAAGAUGAUGUUGAUUGUAAAUUAUCUUUUUAAAUUGUUAUAAUUGGACUCUUUCUAUAAAAAUACAUUAUGUGCACUUAACGAAUGGGAAAAAAAAAAGAUUGUAUACCCGUUUUUAGUCUACUGCUAAACUCAUGAGCUGCAGUCUAUGUGUUGGGAAGAAGGCAAUGUUCGUCUGCUCCUAAUACACUAAGCUUUAUCUCACUUGGGGACAUUAUGGGUAAAGACAUUUGACAAGACAUUUGUUGAACCAUGACCACACGAGCAUUGAAUUUCACAUUACUAACAAGGCCUUCAAAGAGACUUUUUAACCCAUAAUGGCUAAUAGCAUCAUUGUAAAUUCUUCAUUAUUGCCAUUGAAUAUAUUUUGAAUGAAUCAUAAAUAAGGGACGAGACUUCUGAUUGUGCAAUUAUAAAUAUAUUAUCCACUUACUCAUUGUGAUACUUAAUAAUGUUUGUUUUCUAAAUGUAUAUGCAGAUAAGGGAAAGGCACUCAUGUUCAGGUAAAGUAUUUGUUGAUGAACUAUGUGCCUAUUGGACUAUGACAUACUUGCUGAAACAUGUCAUAUUAAUGUGAUCAUUUCAACAGUUUGAUUUUUUUCAAAAUACAUAUUGGAUAGUUAAACCUGUGAACAUUGAAACAGAAAUAAAAGUAUUAUAUAUUAGUUCCAGAUUCAUCUUUUCCUCACACCUGUAUCAAGUGAUAAUAUUUCUCUUGUUGAUGUUGCCUAAUUUAAAGCUCACAUUUUCUUCUUGUUGAUAUUAAACAUUUUGGAUUCAUGGUGGCUGAGUGCUAAAGUGCUUGGCUUCCAUAUCGAGGGGGUCUCAGGUUUCAAUCCAGUUGAAGACAGGAUUUUGAAUUUCAGGAUCUUUAGGGCACCUGAGUCCACCCAGCUCUAAUGGGUAUCUGACCUUAGCUGGGGUGGGAAAGUAAAGAGAACUGGUUGUACUGGCCACACAUGACAACAAUGUGAACCAUGGUCUACAGAAACAGAUGACCUUUCAUCUGCCCCGUAGAUCACAAGGUCUGAAAAGAGUACUUUUCUUAUUGCCCAUUUUAAGGCAGGUUAAUAUAAACAAAUCUAUUAUUAAAUAUACAAACAAUUUUUGUUGACUUGUAUUCUACUUACAAAUGUCUGUUGGUAUGAUAAUGUGAGGUUAUAUAUAGACUUGUUUCCCUUACAUAUAUGUAAGUAUCCUCAGCUAAGUAAACUGUGGGUUAAUAUAAAUAUAAAAAUAGUACUUUGAUCCCAACUUAGAAAUGAAAUCCUUUUUUUUUCUGUAACAGCCACAUUUUAUUUUCAAGGCAAUUUUAUUAAAAUAUAAGUUUUCAACAAAUUUAAAACAUAUGCAACUGAUACAUUUUGUCAGUAAUUUGUUUUGUAACAAUAAUAUUCAUAUUUUUUCAAUAAAAUACAAAACAAGUGCAAUGUAUGUACAACAUAUUUGCUUGAAAGUUUUAGAAUUCAAGAGACUAAAAUAUAAACCAGCAUAAAGUUAAAAUUUAUUAGCAAAACAAAUCAUUUUUAAAAAAUCACACUGACUAAAGCUCUGUAGAAAUAAAUGGAAGCAAUUCUAAAAAAAAAUGUUUAAGUUCUCUCAUUCAGUGUCAAUAAUGUCAAUAAACUUAAUGUGAAAACAUUCAAACCAAACGACUGACUGAAAUAAGAUCACG